AUGACAACGGGAUAUGUGAAUGGAGGAAAUCUUGGAAAACACCGCUACUUCCGGUGGCAUCGUGAGGACAGCGGAGAAGACGAUGGGCACCCCGAGUGCUGUGGAGGAGAUGAAGAGAGCAGGCAACAAAGGCUGACACCACUUGAGAAACUAAUGCAGGAUAUGUCCCAGAAUGAAAAAGUAGUGAAAGAAUUAACCCUGGGAAAGAGAAUUGGCUUCUAUCGAGUCAGAGGAGAAAUAGGAAGUGGAAAUUUCUCACAAGUGAAGCUUGGCAUUCAUUCACUAACCAAAGAGAAAGUUGCCAUCAAGAUUUUGGACAAGACAAAGCUGGACCGGAAGACGCAACGCUUGCUGUCUCGUGAGAUAUCCAGCAUGGAGAAGCUGCACCACCCAAACAUCAUUAGGCUGUAUGAAGUGAUGGAGACACUCUCAAAGCUGCAUCUGGUGAUGGAGUAUGCAGGAGGUGGGGAGCUCUUCACUAAAAUCAGUACAGAAGGGAAGAUGCUAGAAACAGAGUGUAAAAUAAUCUUCUCUCAGAUUGUGUCUGCCGUGAAGCACAUGCAUGAGAAUAACAUCAUUCACCGGGACCUGAAAGCAGAAAAUGUCUUCUACACCAGUAACACCUGCGUUAAGGUGGGAGACUUCGGAUUCAGCACAAUAAGUAAGAGAGAUGAAACUUUAAACACCUUCUGUGGUUCUCCUCCUUACGCAGCCCCUGAACUCUUCCGAGAUGAAAACUACGUUGGCAUUUAUGUAGAUAUCUGGGCACUGGGGAUCCUCUUAUACUUUAUGACAACAGGUAUCAUGCCAUUUCGGGCAGAUACAGUGGCCAAACUGAAAAAGUGCAUUCUUGAAGGGACGUACAGUUUGCCUCCCUGCCUCUCAGAAACCUGCCAGAAACUGAUAAAAGGAGUCCUUCAGCCAGUACCAACUGAACGGUACUCUGUCAAACUUAUUAUGAACAGUGAGUGGAUGCAAGGGAUACAAUACCCGAAACCUUUACAGCCAUUUAAACUGGAUCCAAAGUAUUUAUCGGACGUGAGUACACUCAAGGAGGAAGAAAUUGAAGUGAAAAACAUUCUGGAAGAUCUAGGCAUCACAGAGGAGCACAUUCAAAAUAACCGUGGAAGAGAUGCACGCAGCUCCAUAACGGGCGUCUACAGAAUUGUUUUGCACAAAGUACAGAGGAAAAGGGCCCUUGAGUGUGUUCCCAUCAUGUCCCAUCCAGACCCCAAAGAACAAGACUUGAGGAGGGGAAUCUGUUCUCAUGGCGGGGUGAAGCACACAUCCAAGCUGUGUUCUAUUUUAUGA